AGGGUGGGGAAACCACCAGAGAGCACUGAAGACUUGGAAGGAAAUUUAUGCAUCUAUUUGACAUUAAUCGUGGGGCAGAUCUGGGGUGUCCUGCAAAGGGAUGCAGCCUUUCACUGCAAAUAGCAACGCCUGGUGUGGGGAGCUGGUCUCUGCCUACGUUUCUGAUAGUUAAUUUUAAUUAAAAGAUGUGCUCUGCACACUCCACUUCCUGCCUCAUUAUGGGUGUACGGCUCUGGGUUUGCUUUGGGUGUAUGGCUCUGGGUCAGCUUUGGGCCAACAAAGUGAAGAAGAGCUGCUUGGGGUGAGGACUCACCUGAAUGGAUUCCCUCAAAAACCCAUUUUCUUCUGAGAAAGCCCAAAAGAGGAACAGGCAGCACCAAAAUACACACAGGUUGGUGAUUGUAGAACCAAGAAGAGGAACUAAAAGAGGGUGGGAGGGAGCAGGCGACAUCAGGCUCAGAAUAGCAGAUGCGAUAUGAGUGGAUAUCCCAUGACAAAGCCCCACCUCACCACCUCCAAAGGUCAAACCUACAGCUGAAAUUUCAAUAUUGCUCUUUGAUGUGUUGGUGUCUUUCCUCAGCCCCACGCAUCGCUGCCAUUUGGUCCCACCUGCUGGGGAAUUUGGGUGAAGGAUCUGUUCAGGGUCUAUUCUGCUCCAUAGAUCUGCAAUGCAGAUGUUUCCAGCCCAGCUAGUUUUCCAGGCUCUGCAAUUAAUGCUUUUCGGGAUGCAAUGCAAGUCGUUUGCCCAACGGUGUGACUCAUUUGCUCAAUGAUGGACGCCUUAUUUUGGGAUGAAAGGCUCUGUGCCCCAGGGGAGCGGUUGCAGGGAGUUUGCUUCCAGUUCUUCAGCUCCCAGAGUGCCAUCCAUUCCUGUGGCUCUUCCCAACAGGGAGGGUUUGCUGGAAGUGCAGUUCACCCCUGCAAACCUGCCCAAGUGAAUGGCAGUUAUCUCCUCCAGUUGGGUCUCAGUGGUUGCCACGCAAAAAUUAAAUACAUAUGUAAUGCAUGGCUUUAUUUUCUAGGCAUGUGUAUUUGGCCAUGGGGCUCAACACAAGGACAGUGGGGCAGAAAUGGUUGGAAAUGUUUCCUCGAGAGCUCAGAGCCAAGGCUGUGAGUGCUCUGUGUUAGUGCUGGGCUGAGAGAGCACUCAAAUCCCAAAGAUCCUCACUUGUGCUCCUCCACAUCCCCACAAGGAUCUGGCUGUGCAUCUCCUUCCCUAUUUCCUUAUGGUUUCCCCAUAUACACCCCCUAACCCCACUCCCGAUGGCUCGAUCCUAAAAGGAAGCUGACAAAAUCUGCAAGGUGACAUCGCUCAGCAUCUCCCCGGGACAAGGAACUGGGAGAAAGACAAAGGACAAACCCAGAGCUCCCAGCACACCCUGCCAAGGGUGCCACCAGGAGCAGACCUGCAGGCUCAACGCAGCCAUCCCAUAGCUCUACCCCAGACUGGGAAGGAACAGGAAGGGAAAACCCCAACCCCAUCAAAGGGCUGAAAACAACAGGUUCUGUGGGUUCACUGGGGAAGAAACUCAGAGGGAUAUCAGGGUUUCCAAAGGAGGAGAGAGAAAGUCUCCGAGGAAGAAGAGCGCCCUGGAGUGCCCAAACCUGGAGGAUCUGCUGGAAGACCUGAAAAAUGAGAUUGAGAAGAGGCAGAAAAGCACCGCCAAGCACUCGGAGGAGAUUUCCCCGCUGGAUACGAAAGCACAGGGAGAGAAGAGCCAGCAGUCGGUGUGGAAAAGUGACCUUCCAGCUGCCAGCGGGCGCUUCUCCAGGGCCGGAGGAGAGGCUGUGCCAUUCCUCAUGGAGGAACGGUGCUCUGAAGGAAACCCUGAAGAGGCUUCAAGCCAGCAUCACCCUGGACCCCGACACCGCUCACCCUGACCUCAUCCUCUCUGAAGACCGAAAGAGUGUGAAACGUGGGGAAGGACAACAGGACCUUCCCGAUAACCCCGAAAGAUUCGCCUACUGGCCCUUUGUUUUGGGCCACCAAAGCUUCUCUGCCGGCCGGCACUGCUGGGAGGUGGAAGUGGGGGAUGAAGGGGACUGGGCCAUCGGUGUGGCCCGAGAAUCCAUCCCUCGGAAGGGUCAACUCAGCCUCUGUCCCAAAGGGGGGAUUUGGGGGGUGGAGAAAUGGGGGGGACAGGUCCGGGCACUCACCACCCACAAGGUGACCUUGUUAGCUCUGCGCUGGGUGCCCAGGAGGGUCAGCGUCCACUUGGACUACGCUGGAGGGACGGUGGCAUUUUUUGAUGCUGAUGAAGGGGGGCUCAUCUUUGUUUUUUCCCAUGCAUCCUUCUCUGGGGAGAGGGUCCAUCCGUGGCUGUGGGUGGUAGGGGUCAGGUCCAAGCUGAGGCUGUGUCCCUGAGACACAGACAAGGGUGACCCCACAUCCUCCAGCCUCAGGGGACAGCCACCUCCCCACCCAUCCCAUGGGAAGCAGAUGAAAUGAGGACUUGGGUUUUUAUGUGUCUUUCAUCCCCAUUAAUCUAUUGGCAUAGAAUCAUAUUGAUAUGAUAUUGAUUGAUGUUAUAUUGUUAAGAAGUGCUGAGCAGGAGAAAAAUGGGGCAAAAAAAAGGGGGAGAAGUGCUGCAAUGGGUGAUUAGAAUGUAGAAAAUGGUGGUCAAAAGGGAAAAUCCCACCCAAAAGAGUGGCAGAAAGGCAAAUUUCCCCCAGGUUUGCCUGAUCAGGUACAGUUGUCCCCAUCUGAGAUGGUCACCCUCAAAUCAAGUGGUCCGCUCUCAUUAAAGAUUUGGUAUUUGAAAACUCAGAGUGUACAAUAAUUAACAAUAAAACACUUAAUUUUC